UUUGUUUGGCCUCAUUUCAUAAAUUUUAAAUCGUGAACGUACAACUGUCAAAAUUCGAAUGGCGCAACCUGUCACUGAUUCAAAUGUCACGCGUUGCUAGUGUCUCUCUUCUUCUUCCCCCUCCCCCAUCGUCUCGUACACAAUGUCCACAAACAACAGCAAAAAGGGAAGGGUGAAGCAAAAUUGAACGGGCAACGCGAAAUUCCAGCCUAGCACAUUACCUCCAAACUUCGUCGUGCGUGUCACUCGAGUGUUCUCUUGCGCAAAGUAGCCCUCCGCGCGUUCGCAAAUUGUCGCAAAGAGUUGUGAAUUUUACGGCCAAUAGAAUCAAAGCAGCGACGGCAAAGCAUUCACCGCGAAAUAAGAAAAGAGAAACCCUGGUCGCGGACAACGGAAACAAAGCAAAUCGCGCGACCAGCGGAGUGGGUACAGCUGGAAUAAUAGCGGAACAGCAUCGGGAAAGCAAAAGGUGUUCUCUUCACUGGCGUCUACCUGGGGGAUGACGAUAUUUCAGUGAAUGUGAACGAAGGCUUGAACAAACACACACACACCUGGCAGGCUGUGGAGUUGCGUUGACAUUUAGCACAGUAAACAACGGCAGCUGCAUCGGUGGUGUAGUUCGACCUACGCAAAGAGGGUAGAAAAAAAAAUACGGGGGUGAAGUAUUUACACCCCCCACAUCCUCACAGGCCACCCCCAUAGUAACCACCCUGUGCCAAACAAUUCAGCCAAGUGAAGCGAUUAGUGCAUCUUUGGAGAAUCCAUUUGAUCCAUAUUUGAAUGCUGGUAAGGCGGUGAAGAAGAUAAUUCAGGUCAGGUUCAGAGGUUCAGUGCAAAAAAAAAAAAAAUGGUUUGGAAAAGUGAAGUUUCGUGCAUAUAAGCUUUUGGUUUCCUAAGAUCCCCCUGCGUGCGUUCGUUAUUGCUGCUGGCCGGCCCACUUCCUUGGCCAUUCCAUAACCCGUGUGCAGUCUGUGUGCGAAAAGGCAGCAUCAGCAGCGCAGUGUGGUGCAAUGAAAUGUGAUAUCGUGCAGCACGAGUGGAUGAAUCGUGUCGUGCAUCAUCUUUGCUUCUUCUGCUGUGAUAAACGGUGAUCGUACGUGUGUGAUAAGCGGCCAGCGUGCGGCAGUGGUAGUAGUAGUAGUGCACCGGGCAGUAGUCCUGCGAUGGAACCGAGCCCUGGCACCAGCAGUGCCACCGCUGCCCCUGGUGGUGGUGUUGGUAGCGCAACGGGGGUGGUGAGCAGUGCGGGUGGUAGUGCGGUGGGUGGUGGGGGCAGCAGUGUGGUAACGCGACCCCCCAUUACCGCACUGUUUCGCGAAAUUCACAAAAACAGCUGGCUCCGGCGGUUGAACAACGACAGCAGGCGACCAUCCGUGCUGACCAAGAAACCGGAUCGAUAUUGGGUGGUGUUCUGCGUCCACGAUGACUAUGAAGCGUUCCUGGAGGGAUACAGCGACCCCCGGCAGGCUCCAUCGCACGCCCCAGAGUGGGCUCUAUCGCUGCAAACCGUCCAGCACGUCUCGCACGCCCUCGUGUCCGUUGAGCAGGAGUUCGAAUUUGUGAUAACACUCGGCAGCGAGGUGGCCCGCUUCAAUGCCAACACCUGGGAAUGUAUGCAGGAAUGGGUGGAAUGUUUACGGUCGAAGUUGCGCGAGAUGAAGCUACUGUCGCCGAAGGAGAAUUUGUACUCGCGGCUACCGGAGGUGCGUCCUCCGCUGGCACCGACGCGCGAUCCGACGUCUCCCCUACCCGCUACACCGCCAGUACCGGCAGCAAUCGUACCCGGUAUCGAGCGUGUCCAGCCACCAUCUUUAGUGCAGCAGCAGCAUCACGCCCACCAUUCGGCGGGUCCGAGCGGCCAAUCUACCUCGCUACCAUCCGGAGCGUCUGGUUCUGGUGGUGUAAGUGGCACGAUAGUCUCGAACACCGGCACCACAAGCUCCAUUUCAUCGUCAUCAUCAUCCGCCUCAUCAUCGUCUUCAGCGUCCUCGAAUGGUUCUGCCUCAUCGGCCAGCAGCUACUCGUCAACGCUCACAUCCAUACCGAACUGCCCGAACGGUGAACGUGGAAGUCUAGCUGGUCCACCGGCUAUGUCCAAUACGUCCACGCAGAAUCUCAUGAACCUACUGUCGAACCCGCUGCAAGCCGUGAGCAGUAUCAAUGCUCAGGCAAGUAAACUUCCGACGACUGCCGCAACCGACACCAUAUCGCUCGGAUCGACCUCCUCGCUCGUUUCCGAAGAAGAACCAUCAGAGGACCACCUUAAAUCCAUCAUAUCCGCAUCGCCACCGCGUGAUUCUCCGCCGAGUACGAGUUUGCCGAAACCGCAGAAAAUAAUCAACAGGGAUAGUUUGGCCCAUAACGGCGCUACCGGCCAUCAUAACCAUCAUCAUCAUCAUCAUCCGGUAGUGACACUCGCACCUGGUACAUCGACCACAACUUCCUCCCUAGCGACCACGUUCGUCACCAACGUGCUGGCCGAUCCGUCCGGAACGGCCGGACCAUCGUUGAAACGCACCAUCAUCGAUAAGAAGCUGCUGCUGGACGUACGGCAGAGUCCCGAACGAUCAACCGCUGACUGCGACGGCAAUGGUUCCGACGCCAUCCAGGGCACAACCAAUGGUCACACCAACGAUGCGCACACCAACGAUGAGCCGUGGUUAAGGCAGCCGCAACAAAAUGGAACCACCGGCGGCGGCGUUGGCAACUGUCGCAACAGCAAUGGCACUGCAACGUCCAGCGAAUCGACAGCAGCAACGGCCACCAAAUCUGCCGCCAUCUGUAUCGUGCCACCGGCAUCCACUGGAGCUAGAGUGGAACCGAAACGUACCCGACGAAAAGUAUCUCCCGUGACAAGUUCAUCGCCACAGUCACCCUCGGUAGCGCACGAAGAGGACCAGGUAGCGAACGUUACCAUCAUUCAGGUGUCCAACAGUGGCAAUGCAACGGCGCCAUCGCCAACAAUCACUACAACUUCUUCGCCGAAGCCUCCAGUGUCGCGCUUUAAUUUCCCCAAAGCAAAACCGUCGAUCAUCACCCCAACCACGGUACCGGCCGGUGUCUCGACCAUCAUUACGGAUGACCUAGGACCCGGCAGCGAUCAUAGCUAUAAGAGUAACGUGCAAAUCAUUCCGUCCAACAUCGAGUACGCGGCAAACGAGGAUCAGCCAAUGCAACCGUCUAUCAUCGCGUCGAUAAACGAGCAGCAGAUCACAACGGUGACCGUGCCGAACAACGUGCAGUCGGUGCCGAUCAGUUCAUCGGUCAUGUCAACGCCCAGAAGCCAACCAACUGUACAGGUCGCCGUCGCCACCUCCUCCACACCGAUCAAGGGACCGGAAAGUAAUUUCGGCACCGUGACACAGAUAGCCAUCAAUACUGCGGGUGAUGUUUCGGGUGUCAGUAAGCCGAUCCAAUGCCAGUCCAGUCAACAUUACGAGCAGGUUUUCCUUACCAGUUCCGUGCAGGUCACUGCGGGAGGUGGACAAACCGGCACGACGAGCUUGGAGGAUCAGGCUGUCGUGUCCGUGGCACCGAUUGUGUCGAAGCCCACUGCCGGGAAUAAGAGUAGUAAAGUGCUGCUGCUCAGCAGACAGUCACGCUCGUCUAGUCAUUCGGAUAUACCACUUCCCGCGAGGCUGGCAAUAAAGGGUAACCGAACCAAUGAGGUUGGUAGCAAUGAUAAGGAAAAUCGUGUUCAACACGACAGUAUCAUUGGCAGCGCCGGCAGUGGCACAGCUUCAACAUCCAAGCAAGGAUCUCCUCCAACGGCGGGUAACCCAACCGCACCGAUCCAUCUUGGAGGUGGAAGUCCUUCCAAAAGACCGGCCGUAGAUCGAAACAUCUACACACCACAUCCACAGCGAUCCGCUCCACUGCUGCAACGAGGUCUUACCGAGUUGGUUUUAAGUACGAGACCGUCAGCCACCGCACCGUCGACCGCACACGGGACGGAUCAAGCUGCAAUCGUUGCGCGUGGCCGUAGAGCUCCGGUAGAGAGCAAAAUUCGUUCCGAUCACUUGCCACCGGAACAGCGGCGUCGCAGCUCAUCGACGUCCGACGCACGCCAGGAACAUUCCCAUGCGCGUAUUAACGGAGCAUCGGGAGGUGCAGCGAACGGUGCCGGGCCCGGUCGCUUACAGUCUCCGCCGCAACCGUUUCGUCCUCAUCAUCAGCUGAUCAACGUACCCGAGGGAAGUCAGCUGAAUGGAGCGAUCAAUGGCCACGGUACACCGACCGGCGGUAUUGGAGGCAAUCGGAAGCUAACGCUACGCGAACAGCAAGUAUUUCAGCUGCGGCGAGAAAUGAUGCACCCGGGCGGGGUACGGUUACAGUUGCGUCGCAAGGAUUGCCUCAACUCGAUCGGGUUGGUGGAUGCGUUCGGUGCCGUAUGGGUGGCCGGAUGGAAGCAGAAGGAACACCCGGUACUGUACAAUGCGCUCCACAUCGGCGAUCAGAUGAUCAGUGUGGCGGGUGUUGCGAUCACGUCCGCAGCCGACGCACACAAAGCUAUCCGGGCGGCACCGGGUUUGUUUGUUGAACUGAUUAUUCGUCGUGUUCCGUUCGGACGAGUGUAUGCCAUUCGACGAGAGCUUGAUGGGCAGUGUUUGGGGUUGAUCCGCGAUGGCAAUACGGCAACGAUUGUGGACGUUGUACCGAACAGUUUAGCUGCACGGCACGGAUUGCCCCCGAAGGCAAAAUCUUGUGAUGGAUUAUCGUUAACGUUUUGGGUGUUGACGGAAAUCAACGGCAGGCCGUUAAAUUUAUUCUUUAAGGAGAACGAAAUACGCGAUCGUUUGAAUGCCGUCGGGCGAGAUAUAUCGAUACUGGUACAACCAGCCGAUCUGGUAACAAAGCUGAAAAAGCAGCUAAAAUCUCUACGUGGCCACAAGGAUUUUAUUGUGCAAUAAGGCGGCAACUCGUUUCAGUGCGUAGUCAACAUCACACACAAAAAAAAAGGAUAAACAGAAGCACAGAACUGUGAAGCAGCAGGGAAAAGGUAACGAGCGUAUUCCUGUUUUGUAGCUGUAACAACUGUUUAAGCGGAAUUGUAGAAAAAAGGGCGAUUUUUUAUUGUAUACAAAUGACACGAUACAUCAACUGUGAGUUCUACUCAACUCAACUAGUAAGACACCAGUAGUCCAAUAGUAAUAGUAGCCAGCAAAGUAAAGGAGUGUAUUGACUGCUGCAGUAUAAGCUCAGCACACGUUACUACUUCUUAUACAGAAUUCCUUUCCACUACUCUGCAUACUACCGCGUGUAGUACAUCGUCAGCUACUUACUAUUAUCGCCAUCUAGCGGAACAAUAUUAAAGUAGGAAGGACUAUAUAAACUAACCCCGAUGUGUGAUGUCUCUCGGGACCCGUAUACGGCCGGUGGUAGUAGGAAAGCGCAAGUGCAUGUGGAAACAUUGGGCAAAGUAAAACAGGGGACAACCGUUUUUCCUCUCCAGUAAACGAUUAGUGCAAAUUUUUUGUGAGCUAGAACAUAGGACGACAGUUACGUAGCAAAAGUAUCCUUGCUGGGGUGGUGGAGUGUGGCUUCCAAAUCCGAACACCGAGGCCAGCGAGAGCAAAUGACCAAAUUCAAAUGGUGACAAGCAAUGAUCGUUGCAUCGGUGUGCAAAUUUAGGCAAAAUUUACUCUUUGGUUUUUAAGUUUCAAUUUACCCAUUCUUCGAGUACAUGGGUGGUAGUUAAAAAUUCGUUUUCUCUAGUUGUUUAACAUUAGUGAAAUCUAAAAAAAAAGCAAUUGCUUGGCGCUCAUUCGCAGCAGGAGGAAUGCCACACAACCCACCCACUGGGCGGCAGAAAGAAAAGGAUGGCGAAGAAUGUAAACAAUAUUAACUAUUAACCAAUCACUCAACUGCAAAACAAAACAAAACAAAAAGAAAACGUAAACAAAAAGGCUGUAAUACUUUGCACAAACAACUUUGUGUGAAACCCCUACUGCGUGUGUGUGCGUGUGUGUAGUGGUAGAAGUAGUGGAAGAAAGCUCCGUCUUUUCCAGCAGUAGGCGAUGCAGUAGUGGGUACUCAAGUAAGUAGAAAAUCGAGUCGAAUCUCUUUUAACAUACCACACUUUUUCUCAUAACAAAUCACAUAAGAAAUCAAAGGCUGAAAACAAGUAUAUGCUUACGCGCGGUUUUUUGCGGUUUGAUAGUAGUGAGAGUUUUUGAUAUAAAAUAUUAGACAAAAGAAAGAAAAAAACAGGAGCGAACAAAACAAAGCAUGAGCUAAGAUAGGAAGCUGCAACCUCAACACUGCGAAGGGAACUCAUCCUCACUGAGUUUGGGUACGGAACUCAUUCUUUAGGAGACCUCUUUUUACAACAAAAAAAAGUGAUUCUUGAUAUAAGAUUUUUAGUGGCCGGAGAAUGUGUGGCGUGUGGUGUGUAGUGUGUGUGUGUGCCCUCUAAUAGUCGUGCCCCGUUGGCGUUCCGCUAGCGUAUAAAAAAAACGUAAAAACAGCAACACAACAAAGAACUGACUGGGGAAUAAAUAAACCGUGAGCGAGUAGAGUGUUUUGGGUUUCCUUUUUUUAA